AUGGCCGAUAACGCUACUCCCGCCCCUGCCGCCGCUGAAGAGGUCAAGCUCUACAAGGACGAAGUCACCGGAGAGAUGAUCUCCAAGUCGGAGCUCAAGAAGCGUCUGAAGAACAGAGAGAAGGAGGCCAAGAAGGCCGAGAAGGCUGCCAACGCCCCCGCUCCCGCUGAGUCUGCUGUCAAGAAGACCAAGGAGGUCUCUGCCGCUGAGGAGGAGGAGAACCUGAACCCCAACCAAUACUUUGAGAUCCGCUCGAAGAGGGUGAACACUUUGCGCGCCAACAAGGAGACCUACCCUUACCCCCACAAGUUCCAGGUCUCAAUCUCGGUGCCCGCAUUCAUCGAAAAGUACAACGGCUUGAAGGCUGGUGAUGUCGAGGAGGAAAUUGUCACGGUUGCCGGUCGUCUCCACAACAUGCGCACCAUGGGCAAGCUCCGCUUCUACGAUCUCCACUCGGACGGUGUCAAGAUCCAGAUCACUGCCCAGGCCCAGGAUUCCGAGCGUGACUUCAACGAGGUCCACGACUCGCUCCGCCGUGGAGAUAUUGUCGGUGUCCGUGGUGUUGCCGGUCGCACCAAGCCCAAGAAGGGUGGCGACGGUGAGUUGUCGAUCUUCCCCAAGGAUAUCACCCUCCUUGCCCCUUGUCUCCGCAUGUUGCCCACUACCCAUUUCGGCUUCAAGGACCAGGAGUCCCGUUACCGCCAGCGUUACCUGGACUUGAUCAUGAACAACCACGUUCGCGACAUCUUCAAGACCCGCGCCAGGAUCAUCAACUACCUCCGCAAGUUCUUGGACGAUCAGGAUUUCUUGGAGGUCGAGACCCCCAUGAUGAACAUGAUUGCCGGAGGCGCCACUGCCAAGCCCUUCGUCACUCACCACAACGACCUCAACCAGGAACUCCACAUGCGUAUCGCCCCCGAGUUGUACCUCAAGAUGCUCGUUGUUGGAGGUUUGGACCGUGUCUAUGAGAUUGGUCGCCAGUUCAGAAACGAGUCGAUGGACUUGACCCACAACCCCGAGUUCACCACCGCAGAGUUCUACAUGGCCUACGCCGAUAUGUUUGAUGUCAUGGAGAUGACCGAGGCUCUCCUCGUCGGAAUGGUCAAGGCCAUCACUGGUAACACCAAGAUUGUCUACCACCCCCAGGGCAAGGACGGUCCCGCCAUGGAGAUCGACUUCACUCCUCCUUUCAGACGUAUCAACAUGAUCGAGUACCUCGAGGAGAAGCUCAACGUCAAGUUCCCUCCCGCAGAUACCCUCCACACCGCCGAGGCCACCAAGUUCUUGUCGGAUCUCUGCAUCAAGCACCAGGUCGACUGCAGUGCUCCCCGUACCUCUGGCCGUCUUCUCGACAAGCUCGUCGGAGAUUUCAUUGAGGUCGAGUGCAUCAGCCCCACCUUCAUCAUGGGCCACCCCCAGAUGAUGUCCCCCCUCGCCAAGAGCCAUCGUUCCGUCCCCGGUCUCUGCGAGCGUUUCGAGUGCUUCGUCGCCACCAAGGAGAUCUGCAAUGCCUACACAGAGUUGAACGAUCCCUUUGACCAGCGUGAUCGUUUCGAGCAGCAGGCCUCGGACAAGGCUGCUGGUGAUGAUGAGGCUCAGUUGAUCGAUGAGAACUUCUGCCAGUCCUUGGAGUUUGGUCUUCCCCCUACCGGUGGAUGGGGUAUGGGUAUUGAUCGUCUGACCAUGUUCUUGACGGACUCUCACCGUAUCCAGGAGGUCUUGGCCUUCCCUGCCAUGCGCCCCCUGUAA